AUGGCGAAGCGCCCUUUUGGCUUUCACAGGGUGCGCUGCUGGCGUACGCGGCGCCUUCUCCGCACUCCCCUCGCACUCGCUGUCCUUGUCGCUGUCAGCCUCGUUGCGGUGCUGUGGUUUUCUGUCUACGAGAAUACAGGCGUGACGGAGAUAUCGAGUGACCGCCGCUUUUUUCUGCCGGCAAAGUACGACGAGGGCGAAGAGGUCGAUGCCAACGGCAAGAUCGAGUUUCGCCGGCUCUCCUCCGCUUCUACGACGGCACUUGCUCCUGUCGAAGAGACGCGAAACGGAGUAGACACGGUCUGGUUCAGUCCCAACACCAGCAAUUUUCUUGAUCGCAACACGUCCUCGCUGCACUCCGUCUUCACCUCUGCUGGCAAGGUACGUGUUGCUCUUCCCUUCGGCGUCCACGCAGACACCGGUGCGUUUGUGGCGCAGAAGCCACGGCUGUUUGCAUUCCUAGCAUCAUGGAGCACCUAUGAACGGGCACUGACGGCGCGUGGCGCACAGAGCGCCGAUGCUGCUGCCGUCGCAGAUAUUAACGAGGAGCUGCAGGUUUUUGCGCGGAGAAAAGUAGUGCCUGUGAAGCAUGUUGAAGUGCGUCUGCUGCGACAGCGUGCGUCACGAAGUACGUGGGCAACUGAGACGGAGGCCGCGCUGCCCAUCGUCGGCAUCCUUCCUCGUGAAUCGACGACGCUAGUGUCCGCAGAGGAGCUGCUCGUGGAAAGCGCUGUGGACCAGGAAGGCCUAGCGCCUUUGGUGGCGGCGGUACAGCCAGGCAGUGAUAACAAGGAGUCGACUGUCGUAGGCAUCGACACGCACUUGCGCGUGUCGCCAGCCAAAGGGCUCGGCGGUGGUGCAAACCAAGGUGCAGGCGGUAGCACCUCUCCGCUACCCUUUCCCUUGCUAGAGUUGAGCAGCGUUCCUCGGCGCCGCGCCACGUCUCCGGAAUCCGCCACGCCGGCGAGCCCCGAUACUUCCCCCGCGACAGCGCUGUUGAAGUGGCGCACCAGCCGCAUGACGGCGUCGUCCAGCGGCGAGGCACUGGAGAUUACCCUCGACAUUGCCCAUCCCAGCCGGUCAAGCUCGGCUGCCCCCUUGCGUGCAGAGGAAGACGAGAGGACUCGCCCGGGAGCCCGAGACGACACGUACACCGCUGCCCUUGAGGCCACUGUGUGUAGUGCGCGUCUUGUUCGCCUCUAUGGCUUCAGUUCCUCCUUCUCGCCGGCUGACACUCACGGCGGCUCUGCCGAUGUCAGCGCGGCCGUGGAGGCAGGCGGGCUCAACCUGAUUCCGUUGAACAUGUCCGAGGAGGUGGAGCUGAUGGUCGGUGGAGAGAUGCAGCUGCCGUCUGGAGGCGCACGGCUGAGCGGCGUUGUACCCCUUCUCUACCUCGAGCUCUCCAACAACAGUGCUGCAGGCGUGCAGCAAGGCGCGGGGACAGCUAGACGCCAAACGGUGGGGCUGCUAUGGCUGCACCCUGCCUCCUUUUUUGUUUCCACCAUGACUUUGCCUAGCCCCACCGGCGGCCACGAGCCGCCACGCACGUGUGUACGGCUGCGCAGCACCGCGGGCGCUACCGGACUGUAUCUGCUUCCGGGGCCAACGCCGGUGGAGGUGCUGCGCCAGUACUACACUCUCACCGGGUUCCCCACCCUUCCUCCACGAUUUCUCCUGGGGUAUCAUCACGGCUUACGGGGCGCCGUCGCUACCACACAGCAGGCCGCCGAGGACCUUAGUGAAGCCUUCCGAAGCGCCGGUGCACCGCUGGACAGUGUGUGGAUUACUGACCCCGCAGUGGCGGCGAGUGAUACUCCGUUCACGUGGAGCCACUCCCGCUUCCCGGACCCGCUGGCGCUUCAGUCGAACUUGUGGUACCGGGGCCGUCGCUACGUGGUUUUGCGCAGCGUCCCCACCAUCCCGAUGACGACUCGCUCUCCGUUGCUGCUCGAGGGCCGCCGCGGGGGCUUUUUUGUGUCUCUGAGCGCCGCGGACACGGCGGGGUGGCCGGUGCUCAGCGUGGAUGGGGUGCCGAGCCACGUCGUCGACUUUUACAACCCGGCAGCACGCAAGUGGUACGGCGACAUGCUCAAGUACCGGCGCUACGUCGGCUCCUCAAACCACACGUUCAUCAACCUUCAGCAUAGCGGGCCCACCGUGCUGUCGAGUGCGGCGCCGCCCAAAGGGAAGGAGGCGCUGCUGUGUCGGCCACCUGGCUUGCGGGCCAGAGGCGAGCAGCUGCCGAUGGACGUGGGUCACUAUGGCGGCGUUCACCAUCGUCAAGUGCAUCAGCUGCUCACCGUGCACUUUGUGCGGGCGACACACGAUGGCAUGCUGCGGCGGACUCGCUAUCACCGACGCGCUUUGACGUUCACCGAGAGCUACUUUGUUGGCACGCAGCGGUACGCGGUGGUGCGUGUGGAGACGCGGCCGCGGUGCGCUAGCGCUGUGCGUCCUAGUUCGGCUGCGAUUCUGACGGAGGCGUGGCGCGCUCUUCAGACAGCCGUGCAUCAGUGUGCGCAGCUGGGAGUACUCGGCAUUCCCUUCAGCGGCGCUAACCUCGCGGAUGGCCUUGUGUCGCGAUUGCUGCUGCUGCAGCUGGCGAAGUCAGCGAGCACCACUACGACACUCACCGCCCCUCUGGCAGGCGUUGCAGGCGAAGGUGGCGGCGACGCCGGCGCUGUGGGAGCGAAUGGCGAGCUGACGGUGCCGCCUGCUCUGUCGCGAGGCGCUAUGGAGGAGAUGGAGCAGCUUCUGGUACGGUGGUACCAAGCAGGCGUCUUCUUUGGUGCGAUGUACGCCGACGAGUCAGCGGCGGCAGUCGACGCGACAGACCCUGGUGUCGUUGUUUCACUCCAGCCCUCAGCGACGGGUCCGUGGUGGAUGCGACUGCCUGUCACCGCGGCCACCCGCCAAGCCAUCCACGCCAACCUCCACGCCCGUUAUGCGCUGCUGCCCUACCUCUACACUGCCGCCUACCACGCUAGCGAGGAAGGGGCCAUCUUCCUGGCACCGUUGGCGUUCACCUCGUCGGAGGCAUCGCUGCUCAGCCAGGAGACGACCAUGCCGACCUGCUACGCUGCGGGCAGUGCUUUGAUUGUGUGCCCUGUCACUCAACCUGUGCAUCCCCCGCGAGAUAUAUCGAGGAGCCACAGCACUCGCAGCGCAGACUGUAAGGGCUUUUUCGAUUUGUGGACAGGAGCGUGGCAUAGCACCGCUUCGUCUGUUGCGAGGCACCCGUCGUGGUGGGAAGGAGUGGCACAGUAUUCCGCGCAGAAUCGCGCACUGGCUUCUGAGGAACUCGGGUGGUUGGCGGCUGACGACGCCGUCCGCCUCCAGGAUCUUCCCGUGGCGGCGUCUCUCGCGCCUGUGCUGCUACGCAGUGGACACAUUGUGGCGACUCAAAACGUUGUCGCCCCUCGGGCGAGCGGCAGACACGUAGAGGACAGCGAAAUCGUCGGUGACGCGCAUGCGCUGCACAGCACGCACGUGGGGGCAAACUGGACCCUCACCGUGGCGCUGCCGCCUUUGCCAGCCGCGCAAGGUGUUGCCGCCCCAUCGCCGGUGCUUCUCGCCGAAGGUGACGUCUUCUGGGACGAAGGCAGCCACAACAGCCAGCACCGCCCUCCAAACAUGAAGCCCUGUUCCUCGGUGCUGCCGGACAUGCCCCACAUCCCGGCAAAUGUGCACCACUGCGCGCUGCACAUGAAGUGCCUCUACGAAGAAGCAGAGGCAUCCGAGGCGACGGCGCGACUGACGGUAGAAGUGACACAGACGUCCGAAUCGUGCGCGGAGGCGUUGGCAGAACUCGUGUCGCACUGGAACGAGGAGCCGCAGGGGUUCGCUGAGCGCCUGGCGAACGCAAAGGCGCACAGAGACGCACGACUUCAUGAGCUGCAAGUGGCGCAGAACGAGCAGGAAGACAAGGGCCUGCGUGGUGGUAGAGGUGGGGCAAACGACUCUCCUGACGCUUCGACAUUUACAGGCGAAGACCUGCGAGGACUCCACUUGCCUAACGCACACGACAAAGCCGCGCGCAACGAUAUUUGGGCGUCGUACCUCCUUCAGCGUCUCCGAUUUCUCUUUCAGCGCGAAGAGGAUGCGGCACGCCUCUCACCGAGGUCGUCUACAUCACGAGCGACGACAGUUAUCGUAGAGCGGCGCAGUAGCACUGGCGGCACGCCAGGCGCGCAGGCGGAUGAAGACAGUGCUGUAAGAGCAAGUGUUCGUGCGUCCCACGACAUGCCUGACGCACACGUAGUUCUUGUGCAUCUGAUGUCUGAUGCGCAGGAUGAAGGGGUAGCGGGGUCGGUGUUUGGCGCCCGUAAAGUUGUGCUCGAAGACGGCUCUGUUGGUGUUCGCGUGCCACCUCGUCACACAUGGAGGUUCACCUUUUCCCUGAUGAAUUAG